GAAAAGGGGAUUAUUUGGGGAAAACUGUUCAGGUUAUCCCACACAUCACAGAUGCCAUACAAGAAUGGAUUGAAAGGGUAGCAGUGAUUCCUGUUGAUGGAAAAGAAGGACCUGCUGAUGUCUGUGUUAUAGAACUUGGUGGAACAAUAGGAGAUAUUGAAUCUAUGCCCUUUUUUGAGGCUCUUAGUCAGUUCUCCUAUCGCGUAGGUCCUGGUAACUUCUGCCUUGUUCAUGUCAGUCUUGUUCCAGUUCUAAAUGCUGUAGGUGAACAGAAAACAAAACCAACACAACAUAGCGUUCGGGGUUUAAGAGGCAAUGGAUUGACUCCAAAUAUUCUCGCUUGCCGAAGCACAUCGCGUUUGGAUGAAAAUGUAAAAGAAAAACUUUCUCAAUUUUGCCAUGUUCAGAUGUCAAAUAUUGUUACUCUGUAUGAUGUUCCAAACAUUUGGCAUAUUCCCUUGCUUCUAAGGGACCAGAAGGCACAUAUUGCCAUCUUGAGAGCUUUGAACCUCCAAGGCAUGACCCGAGAACCUGUGUUGGAAGAAUGGACUUCCAUGGCUAAAACCUGCGAUACUCUGCAUGAUCCAGUUAGGAUUGCGAUAGUUGGAAAAUAUACUAGUCUUCCCGACUCAUACCUCUCUGUUGUGAAGGCUCUUUUGCAUGCUUCGGUAGCCUGCUGCAGGAAACUUGUAAUUGAUUGGAUUUCUUCCAUGGACCUUGAAGACUCUACUGCAGAAGAGGCACCUUAUGUUCAUAAAGCAGCUUGGAAUUUACUGAAGGGUACUGAUGGAAUAUUAAUUCCUGGAGGUUUUGGUGAUAGAGGCAUCCAAGGGAAAAUUCUUGCAGCAAAGUAUGCGCGAGAAAAUAGUAUUCCAUUUCUAGGAAUAUGUCUUGGCAUGCAAAUUGCAGUGAUUGAAUUCGCUCGCAAUGUCAUGAAUUUACAUGAUGCCAAUAGCACAGAGUUUGAUACUAACACGAAGAACCCAUGCGUGAUAUUUAUGCCUGAGGGUUCCAGAACACAAAUGGGGGGCACAAUGAGGCUUGGCUCUCGAAGGACUUACUUUCAGCCUAAAGAUAGUAAAUCUGCUAAGCUGUAUGGAAAUGUGAAAUAUGUUGAUGAAAGGCACAGGCAUAGAUAUGAGGUAAAUCCUGAUUUGGUUAUGAAGCUUGAAAGGUCUGGUCUUUCUUUUGUGGGCAAGGAUGACAGUGGUAGAAGAAUGGAGAUCGUUGAGCUGCCUACCCAUCCUUAUUACAUUGGAGUCCAAUUCCAUCCAGAGUUCAAGUCAAGACCUAAAAAACCUUCUCCUCUUUUCUUAGGUCUAAUAGCCGCCUCGUGUGGCCAACUGGAUGUGUUGAUGAAAAUACGGGGUCGCGACAACGUGCUGCCUACAAAAAUGGUCACGAGCAACGGCCCCUCCGUCACAAAAGUAUACCAACACCUUUCAAAUGGACCUUAUUAUGCAAAUGGCAAUGGAGUCCAUGCUUAACUUUUUUUCCUUUAGCUGAGCAAAGCAGUGUGAGUUUUUGGGGUUUUCUUUAAUUUGCUUGUUUUCAGAAGAUUGGAAGCAGCUCAGUAGCAUAACUACUAGGCUUGUAAUAGGGAGUGGAGCUUGUUCCAGGUUUUUGAGGAGGAACAGCCUAUGUAUUUCAUUUUAUCUCAGGAUGGAUCAUAAGGUUCUGAAAAAUUGUUUUUUUUUGUUUUUGUUUUUACAUUUGAUUUGGAUAGUUUUUGAAAUGUUUGAUCUGUAGAUGGGUGGUAAAGUGUCAAAUUCUAAGUUG